AUGUCAAUGCCCGAGUCUCCAAAAAGAAUGAGUCACAGAGGGUCCCCAGCAUCAUCACCAUUGUUGAGUACCCCUACACGUGCGAGACCUAUCGAUAUUAACAAUAGCGCUGGAUCAAGCCCAUCUUCCCCAGUUAAAGAUAAAGGCAGCCAUUGUGGAAAGGGAUAUUUUCCAAGUAUGGGUGAAGACGACUUGAGGUCCAUCAUUUCCUCACCUAGUUUGACGUCGGAUCAGCUAAAGUCAAUAUCCAAAAGUCCAUUAGCACGGAGAAUGCACAUUGUAUCAUCUAAUCCGUCUAAAGACAAGUAUGUGAUUCCUAUUCCAUUAACACUUAGACUUCCUCCUAAAUUAAGCUUACCCCAAAAAAGUCCAAAAAGUCAGAGUUUUACUCCACCUUCGCCAUCCCCAAAUUCUACACCUAGAAAGCCUAAACGACAAACAUUAAUUUAUACAUCUCACGGCUACGAGAAGAUCGAAGUUUCGCUGUCAUCCGAAGAUGAGCUGGAGGAAUCGGUACUUCUUCCAGUACCUGGAAAGACAAGUUUAGCUAAAAAGACCCAACCACCAUCAGUCGCUACAAAUAAGACCAAGUACCUGAAGUUGGCCUUCCAAAAUAAGGAUCCCGAUGAGUUGAGUAUGAUCGAGGAAGUAUCAAACUUUGGCUCACGAAAUUCGAGCGUAGCUAGAGGUACAAAUCAAGGAUUACAGCAUGAGGUUAGCAAAAAACUACCGAGCUUGCCAACUGAGUUGGAGGAGUUUGCUCCAACCGGAAGUGAUAGUUCUGCCAUCCUUCACAAUAAAUACCACACAGGACACAAGGGCAAGCCAGAAGCUAUAGAAAUGGAAGAGAAGCAACCAAGGCGUACUCCCCUUCCACCAAAGGAAAUUUGCUCGAUUGCAAGUGCAGCAAACAAUGUUCAAGUGCCAAUGCCACAGGAAUACAACACAAAGCUAGCUCAUAGUCGUUGCUUCAGCGAGACAUCCCAAGUGUCAAGUGUUAGCUCAUUCAGUUCUGCUGGUGCAUUUGGAUUGAUGAACUCAGGUCACAGGACAGGUCCUAACGCUAGAACUGCUGCACCCACUAGGAACGAGAAACCCGAUGGUUCUGCAAAUGUUGCACUAAUCACUUCCUUGAACAAGCCAAAUGCCAUUACCGAAAGACAGGUUUCUGAUACUAGCCAGUUGUCCACGGGUUCUUCUAGUAGUUGGAAUUCACUCCAACAAUCAAUUGACAUUUCUUUGAAUCGAGAGGUUAGUGAACUGGAGAACCACCUGCUGGAAGAAAGGAAAAGCUCCAAACAAACAGAUGACGAGAAUCUUUGGACAGACGAGAGCGCUACCGACAGCGAAGGAUUUGGUGAGGAAAUUAGUCCGCUCAACAUAACAAGACAAAACACAGGCGCCACAUCGGCGUCGAUCAGAAGUCCCGUUAAUAAACAAGCUCACAAUGAUUGUGACACGGAUUUCGAGCACAAGGGAUCUGGCAUCGCUUUCAACUUUCCAAACAACUCAAACAAUAUAACCAACAACAAGAUUCUCAAGCUGAAGCAGUUGGACGAGGAUGCAAAGAGUGCCAAGUCUAGGUACAGUUUUUACUCGAACGGUCAGAUUGAAAUUCCUGAUUUGACAAAUGGAAAGGUAAUGGAUCAGUUUUCUUCAAAAACACCAUCGAGCUAUGAUGAAGCCGUGUUUUCUGAAAGACAUACUGAAACUUCGGUUUCCGAUUUUGAACGUGACGAUCAAGAUUCAAGAAAAAUAAGGGUUCCUAGUAGGGAUGCAUUGAACCAUUUUCAAGAACAGUUUAAACUUUACUCAGCUGAUGAUGACUCUGAUAACGAAGCCACCUUGAAGUCAUCGGCGUUGUAUGCUGCUCCCACAAUCUCCAAAACAGCACCGGACUUACAGUGCAAUUUUACCCAACCUAGACAAAUUCUGACUUCACCAGUAAGACACAGGAGAGGUAAAUCAAUGUAUAAUAUUGACUUCAAUUCGAAUGAUGGGCCUCAGGAGACACACCAUCAACUGCAUCAAAAAUCAAAAUCAAUUGAUUGCAACUCGACAUGCAAGUCUCACCUAGUAACAAAUUCACACGGAAGUACAGCUGUUGGGGUGACAAAGAAGAAUACUUUUGAGAAACGGCACAGUAGCAAAAUACAAGAUGCCGUUCCUGAGGAUUUAAAUAUUCGUGUAGCCGAGCCACCAAAAGCGGUUAACUAUGCAAUCGACUUUAAAGUCAACAACACGACCGACAAUGAUUUUGGAAACAAGUUUACUACUCCCAAGGCUAUUGAUAAGCGUCAUGGUUUAAAGCCUAGACACGGUUCACCAAAAAAGGCAUCGCGAUCUGACAUUUCGAGUCGCAAGGACGAAUCUGACACCGAAAGUGUUGUUAUUGAUUUGACUGAUGACACGUACAAUGUUGUCACUAUUAAGCGAAGUGACUCUACCAUAUCCUAUCGGUCGGUUACUGAGAAGCACAGGGGAAAGAACGUUGAAGUAAUUCUUCUUGAUGACGAAGAAGAUGCUCGAGAUGAAACAAAUGAGUCGAAAAAUGAAGAAGGAGAUGAAACUGACGAUGAGUUGCUGAGCAUCUACUCUAAAUACAGAAACGAUUCUUGGUUAUUUGGACCCAAAUCAUCAAACAGCAGUGAAGCGUCUUUUGAAGCUAAAUCGAGCUACUCAAACAUAAAUGUCAAACUGAGGAGUCCCCGAAAAUCAGAAAACUUGCAAGGCCUACGUUCACUUACAACCGCCGGUAGGAUCUUACAUGAGCUAAAUUUGAAGAGAUCAAAUACAACAACCUCGUCCAACACGUCACCAUCUAGUAAAAGUAAUGACAGAAAAGUUUCCCUGGCAGCACCAUCUCGGAUGUCAAUGAAUAGAGCUAGUACUUCUUAUUUGGAUGAUAAGUACUUUGACUACGCCAUGAAUGGAAAUUACAAUUUUCAGACGUUUAUGAACGAGAGAAAAUUUUAG